UUGCCAUUUUGAUUCUGCAGCUCAACUGCUAGGAACCAUUAGUAGAUGGAAUAUUCCAGGAGAAGGUUCUGUUGCACUGCAUGUAAGGCUGAAGCAUGUUGUGACAAAUGUAAACAUCGCAACAAGAAAUGGUAUGAGCGAACUAAGUAAAAAUGAGCCUGAAGAUCACAAAGUCUAUUCAAAUUUGCAAAAUGUAAAUUUUUGGACUCUAAGUGGUCGAUGGAAAACAACACAAAAAGCACAAGUUAAGGUUGAAGAGAAAGGCCCAGAGUGUCCUGACGAUCCUUCCAUGAAGCCAUGCCUCACUCAUCUAAUGACUGCUUGGCAGAAAGCUGAUGUGGAGUGCACGGAAACUUUGAAAUGCAGGAAGUUGUCGGUAAUACUAAGUUGCCCAAUACACUCCAUGUUACAACAGUUCCUGUACUUUACUGUUGCCGAGAUGAUGUGUUGCUCAAAUGUUCAAGGAUUUCAGCACCCAGUGACAGAUGCUCAAAUGAGUUAUAAGGAAGUCCUCUGCAUGAAAAUGAUGGAAGUAAACAUGGAAAUUGAUAAGAAUGGUUUUCCACCUGCUCAACGUAAUAUAUUUCUAGAAAACAUUUCGCUUUGUGGGAUGAUGGGAUAUUCUGACUUUUACAAGCCCAGGUGGUAUACAACCAUUCUGUCGUGGCAGCAAAAAUUAGGUUGCUUUGACGUUAAUGGUAAAUGCUCAAAACAUCAGACUGUCUAUGGAGAAGCAGCUCUGGUUGGUUUUCUCCGUUUCUAUGCCACUAAUAAUGGCUAGACCAUCGUAACAUCACCAAAACAUCUUGGUCUUGCGAGAUAAUGUUUAACUUGUAAUGCCAUCAAUGUAAUUUGAAAUAGCAGUUUUACGUUUCAUUUUAUUUCUGAUCAUUCAAAUUGCUAAUUGGGAUUUUGGGAUUUUUUUUUCUUUAGUUUUCUUUAGAAUCUUUUUCAGAUUCUUGCUGAAUUUUAUGACAAACACUAACCAUUCCUACUAAUCAGAGAUCUUUCUCUGGGUCUCGGAAAAUAAGAAAUUGGAAGUGCAUUGUUUCACCUUCGUGCCCAAAAUACAGUCUGGAGUCAUACUUUGGAACAUUAAUCAACUAGACUAUAGAUUAAAUGAUGCAAUUUAAUAUAUUUAUGUACAGUUCAUUAUCCCCUUUAAUACAUAUGAAAUGUGCAAAACCUUUGUCAAUAUUAUGAGGUUAUAUCUAAAUUUACAAAAAAUAUUACAUUAGAGACAAAGACCUAAAACUUGUUCUUCCAAAAAUACACAGAGCAGUGAAAGAUUAAAAAUACUUGUUUGUGGUUGUUUCUAAGGGUUGGUUGGUGAUUAAAGAAGUGCAGAUUUCAGUGACAUUUGUCUAUGUUAUCUCAUAGAACAAAACUGUGAUAAAUUAGAUUUGAAAUAAAGUUAGUUUGAUUCACAAAUUAGUUGUUCUG